GUUGCCUUUUGAAUGAUUUCAGCAGCUUGGGCUGAGCCGAGCCGGUGCCGGAUGAGCGUUUCCCGGAGUUUGUAACUGCGGGGCAGCCUAGUCUUAAAAGCUUUGCCAUGAUCGCCCUCCUCUUGUGGGAUCAUCUCCGGGCAGGCAGCUCCGAACUGGACUGGUGCGAGGAUAACUACACCAUAGUGCCCACCAUCGCCGAGUUUUACAACACGAUAAGCAACGUCUUGUUUUUUGUCCUGCCCCCUAUAUGUAUGUGCUUAUUCCGACAAUAUGCAACCUGCUUCAACAGUGGAAUAUAUUUAAUAUGGACCUUGCUAGUGGUUGUAGGAAUUGGAUCUGUCUACUUCCAUGCUACGCUUAGCUUCCUGGGUCAGAUGCUCGAUGAACUUGCUAUACUUUGGGUUCUGAUGUGUGCUCUGGCUAUGUGGUUCCCCAGAAGGUAUCUGCCCAAAAUGUUUAGGAAUGACAGAGGCCGGUUCAAAGCUGCAGUGGGCAUUCUUUCUGGAGUCACUACAUGCCUCGCCUUUGUGAAACCCGCCAUUAAUAACAUCUCCUUGAUGACAUUAGGACUUCCCUGCAGCGCCCUGCUUAUUGCAGAACUUAAAAGGUGUGACAAUGUCCGAGUUUAUAAGCUAGGACUGUUUUCUGGCCUGUGGUGGAUGUUGGCACUAUUUUGUUGGAUUAGUGACAAAGUAUUUUGCGAGAUUUGGUCAUCUUUUAAUUUUCCCUAUUUACACUGCGUAUGGCACAUCCUCAUCUGUAUUGCAGCUUACCUGGGCUGCGUCUGCUUUGCCUAUUUUGAUGCUGUCUCCGAGAUCCCCGAACAAGGCCCCGUCAUCAAGUUCUGGCCCAGUGAGAAGUGGGCAUUCAUCGGGGUGCCCUACGUCACUCUCCUCUGUGCUCACAAGAAGUCUCCCCUCAAGAUUACUUGAAAGGCAACGGAAGUGUCCCGUCCUCUUUACCUGCUGUUUUUCUCCAAAAGGCCUGAAUCUCUAGUGGGAAGAUUGGCUAAGGGGGGUCCUUGCACAAGCAAAGGACACCUAAUGAGGUGGCCAGAGCAGAAUCUCCAAAAAAAAAAAAAAGUUUGUUCUGAGUGACCUAAGAAAUGCCUGAAUCUGUACGACGAGGAAGCACGGAAAGCAGAAAGCCUGUAUUUCCACAAGUGCACCUCCCCCCCAUCCCAAAGUAAAGCAAUUUCCCUUCUGUUUUGACUGCCUGUCACACCCUCAGUGGGCAGGGAACUGGGUGACAUCUUACCCUGCCACAUUAAGCAAGGAAGAAUGGAAAAAACGGGUGUGGGUGUCUGCGAGUAUGUUGAUGGCUGUGUUCUGGUUGGGAAAUAAUCACCAGAUUUAUGUAUUAAGGAUUUAACAGAAUUGCUUUGCAGAUGUCCCUCCUUUGCUGCCGGUGUAUAUUUACACAUUAAUUGAGCAAAUGAAAUCCCUUUAAACUCUGCGGUCAGUUUAAGAGGGGAACAAUCCUUGAGAAGCUGGCUCUCUUCUUAAUCCAUCAAAAUACCAUAAACCUGUGGCAAUGUUGGGUAUUUUUAUCCAUAUAUAAUAGUUCACUCGUUGGAGACUUGUUUACUACAGUUCAGAAAAUAAAGAUGUAGGAGAAAAGUCAGUGAAGGAAUAAAAAUUGUCUGGUUGUAAGGCUUUACUCGGUCUCCAGGCAGUUAAGUCAUAUUUCAGCCGAGUUCUCAGAAGGAGAGCAAUUCAGCAAUCAUCUACCAGAUUUCUGCAAAACAAAAAACAAAAAACCAGUUUAUCUCUCAAUCUCUAUUUUAAUUCCAUGUUCUUUGCAAGCAAGCAAAUGAACUUGGAAAGGUUUGAGUUUAAUUAUCCGUCUGGUUUGUUUUUUGUUUUUUUUGCCUCUUGUUACCAUGACACACUUUUAGGAGUUAGUUAUGUAGAGAGCAAUCAAGCCUCAUUAUUCACUUCCAUUUUUAAGCAGAUGUAACUAAAUUUCAAGGGCAGCGAAGAAUCAGCGCUUUGGCUUGUGCAGGUGUUUGAAAACUUCUUAAAUUGUGCAUGAGUUGGGGUGUUUCCCAGAUUCUGAAAUAUUUGAACCUUUGUUAAAAUACAUGUCAGGGAUUCAAUGAAAUCAAAAUGGUGCUUGUGGCCAUGUGGUUAAAAGUUCAGUCCUCCCCCCUUUUUUUUGUGAUGCAGGAGAAAAAAAAGGGGCUUCAAUUGUAUACUCACUAUUAUUAUUAUUUUUUGACUGACCCUGUAGAUGAUCCUGCAGUGAGUCCUAUGAAUUUGGAGCUUUUAACGUCACUUUUUAAAGAAUCCUCUCUUUUGUAUUUAAAUGCUUUCAAUUUAAGGUACGGGCUAAUAUAAGAUGAGAUGCCCUAUAAAUAAUCGGCCAUGGCUUAGUAGUUUGGGUGGAAAAGGAAAAUACAGUCUGCAAAUAACUUGGUUUAUUUUCUAGCAUACGCAAAAAACAAAAGCAGGCAUUUCUAUCCCUGGAUACAAAGCCAAGAUAAAGUUGUAAACAAGGGGGGGGAAAUCACUUCUUGCAUCAAACGUUUCUCAAUUGCUGAUGGACCAAGCUGGGUAAAUAUCUGUGCUUGAUUGUGGAAUUGAAUUGGAUGUUUCGUUCCUUUCUAUUCCAUUUGGCUGUGACUGCUCAGUUCCUUGAUGCAUUGCCAGAAAUGUUGCAUGGAGCAUGAAAUAAAUGGGGCCAACUUUCCCAGUUAGGAGCCACUGGCUGUGUGGAACUUUUCCAAAGUGAGUUGGUUGAGACAGCUUUAUCACUGUGGGGAAGCUCUGGACCGGCCUAGUUCCAUGCCUGUUUGUGAGUGAGUGCCGCAAGGCUCUGUCAGCACGGCCUAGUCCCCCGUUUUAGGACAAGAUAAUUCAGUGGUCCCCCUUUGAGCUACAGUGUUUGGUUCCUGCAGUCGAAGAAUGGAAGACACAUCUGUAUUUUUCAAAACCGGGACAGUCUACCUUAGUGAAUAUCAAUAGAAGUUUCCCCCUAUGACUUGAGGCACAUUUCAUUGGCCAACCGGUUACAAAAUAAGUGCAGAUGAAAUCGCAGCACAGCAAUGAUACAGUUGUACUUCGCCAGUUCCUCCCCCAUCUCUUGCCAGCUGAUUACCAGCACAGACCUUAAUCCCAUACAAUUUUGAGUGUUGGGACAAACUCUGAAUUCUGAGUGAUUUGAGGCAGCUAUUUGAGGCCUUUACAUUGUUAUAGGAGUGGAUAGGCAAGGGGUUCACUCUGCUUGUUAGCUAGUUAUUGGUAUUCUUAAAUAAUUGCCAGGGGUUCACACCCAUUUUGCUGCUAGGUGUUGCAGGUUCAUUGGGAGGACUCUGAAAAAUGCAGCAACCGACAAAAAUGGGAUGAAUAUUGUGGAAGGGCAGAAGGUUAAAGGAUGAUUUCCCCCCUUUUUUAAACAAAACAACAAUUAGGGAAUUUGUCCCGCUGAAAAUUGACAGUUGUACGUCAGUAAACCAGCAGCAAAAUUUGUAGUGUUCUGGAUAUUGUAAAAUGCGUGCUGAAAGACCACAGAUCACUUUAUUUUUAUUUUAUUUUAUUUAAAAAGUUAUCCAUUUUUCCCUUAGUUUGCAGUUCUCAAUUACUAUUACUAUCAAGCGUUUGAAUCUUGAAAUAUUUGUUUACAGGGUUACAAGAAAAUAAAAAGGAAAUCAGUAAUACUUCUUAUCAAAUUACUUUAGCAAUUUGGGACACAAGCUUUUGAGUUUGGGAAAUAAUGUUUUUAAGAUUAGAUGGUCUCAUCGAAUUAUUUAAGUAUUUUCUUAGAUGCUCCCGAUGUUUUUUGUCUUGUAUCAGCAACAUUUUUUUAAAAAAAUUACAACUUCUGAUAAUCAUCUACCUACAUUUGAUGUGAAGUCAGCAUGUGUUUGAAGAACAGCACAAGGCUGUACAGAUAAUUGGAAAAUACGAAAGUGAACAUUUACGAAAUGUAAAAAUUCUUCAUUGUAUGUGUCUCAUUUUGUGGGGGAAAUAUGGAAAGGAUUUUUCUAGUAAACAAUCGUGGGGCACUGUUUAGUUAGAGUAACUCUAGUAUCCAGUUGUUCAGUUAUAUCAACAAAAAAGUAUUUUCCAGCUCAUUCUUGGGGGGGGGGGAAUGUGAAUUUUCUUGGCUUUACUUGCAACUGGGGGGUUAUUUCUUUCUCUUAAAUACUUUUAUGUACAGCAUGUUCUGUAGUGACAUAUAUUAUGCUGAGAAUACAUUUUCAUAUGGCUGCUUCAUUUGUUUUUUAAAGGUUAGGAGGUCCAAUCAUUCUCAGGUAUAUAAUAAUAAUGAGUUUGAAAGCAUCUGUGCUCUGCUUCUUUCCUUUAUACAUAAUAGUGACAAACUUUCUCUGGGAUGUAAACACUCGAUUAAGGACUCAAGUUUGGUAUCUUGACGAUGUUUUGAAAUUCAGUAAGCUUUUAUGCAAAAUCCACUCGGUUUUCUGUUGAUGAACAAAUGACUUCAUUCUUCAUUGUUGUACUGUAAAAAAGUACUGGUACUUCAUUUGAAACAUCUUUCUUAAAAGUGAGUUUGAAAUACAAGCGAUAAUCUAGAAAAGUGGUCUCCAGAUUUCUUUCAUUCUGUACCCUUACCAAUAAAACGGUUUUGAUCAUGCCCUCCCAA